GCGGCGAAGCUGGAGCGGCGGUGGCGGCGGCGGCGGGAGGCCGGGGCCGGGGCUGAGGCCGGGGCCGGGGCUGCGAGGCCCGCGGGGCGGCAGGCGGCGGCGGCGGCGGCGGCCCGGGGCUCGAGCCCGGAGACAGGAGCGGCCGCCAUGGCCGAGAGCAUCAUAAUUCGUGUCCAGUCUCCAGAUGGGGUGAAACGGAUCACAGCAACAAAGAGAGAAACAGCUGCAACGUUUUUGAAAAAGGUGGCAAAGGAAUUCGGCUUCCAGAACAACGGCUUCUCGGUUUACAUCAAUAGAAACAAGACUGGAGAAAUACCAGCCUCUUCCAACAAAUCCCUCAACCUGCUGAAGAUCAAGCACGGGGACCUGCUGUUUCUGUUCCCCUCGAGCCUCGCUGGCCCCUCUGCGGAGAUGGAGACGUCGGCCCCGCUGGCGUUGAAGGCCUGCGGGGCUCCCAACGUGGUGGAAGACGACAUCGACCAGUUCCUCAGCCGGCAGGACGGCAAGAUCUACCGGAGCCGCGACCCGCAGCUGUGCCGACACGGGCCUCUGGGGAAGUGUGUGCACUGCGUCCCUCUGGAGCCGUUCGACGAGGACUACCUGAACCACCUGGAGCCGCCCGUGAAGCACAUGUCCUUCCACGCCUACAUCCGCAAGCUGACCGGUGGGGCCGACAAGGGGAAAUUUGUUGCCUUGGAGAAUAUCAGCUGCAAGAUUAAAUCAGGGUGUGAGGGCCACCUCCCGUGGCCUAACGGCAUCUGUACCAAGUGCCAGCCCAGCGCCAUCACGCUGAACAGACAGAAAUACAGACAUGUGGACAAUAUCAUGUUUGAGAAUCAUACGGUCGCCGACCGCUUCCUUGACUUCUGGAGGAAGACGGGGAACCAGCACUUCGGGUACUUGUAUGGACGGUAUACGGAGCACAAAGACAUUCCUCUUGGUAUCAGGGCUGAAGUAGCUGCGAUUUAUGAACCUCCUCAGAUUGGUACACAGAACAGCCUGGAGCUUCUCGAAGACCCAAAGGCCGAGGUGGUUGACGAAAUUGCUGCCAAACUUGGCCUGAGGAAGGUUGGCUGGAUAUUUACAGACCUUGUCUCCGAAGACGCCCGGAAGGGCACCGUGCGCUACAGUCGGAACAAGGACACCUACUUCCUGAGUUCGGAGGAAUGUAUCACUGCGGGAGACUUCCAGAACAAGCACCCCAACGUGUGCCGGCUCUCCCCAGACGGGCAUUUUGGAUCCAAGUUUGUUACUGCCGUGGCUACAGGAGGCCCCGACAACCAGGUGCACUUCGAGGGCUACCAGGUGUCGAAUCAGUGCAUGGCGCUGGUCCGGGACGAGUGCCUGCUGCCCUGCAAGGACGCCCCGGAGCUCGGCUACGCCAAGGAGUCCAGCAGCGAGCAGUACGUGCCGGAUGUGUUUUACAAGGACAUAGACAAGUUCGGCAACGAGAUCACGCAGCUGGCCCGCCCCCUGCCCGUGGAGUACCUGAUCAUAGACAUCACGACGACUUUCCCCAAGGAUCCAGUUUAUACUUUUUCUAUUUCGCAAAAUCCAUUUCCUAUUGAAAACCGGGAUGUUUUGGGUGAGACGCAGGACUUCCACAGCCUGGCCACCUACCUGUCCCAGAGCACCUCGUCCGUCUUCCUGGACACCGUCUCGGACUUCCACCUCCUGCUGUUCCUGGUCACCAAUGACGUCAUGCCUCUGCAGGACAGCAUCAGCUUGCUGCUGGAGGCCGUGAGGACCAGAAAUGAGGAGCUGGCCCAGACGUGGAAGAAGUCGGAGCAGUGGGCCACCAUCGAGCAGCUGUGCAGCACCGUCGGCGUGCAGCUUCCCGGCCUCCAGGAGUACGGCGCCGUCGGGGGCCCCACACACGCAGCCUCGGCCGCCAUGUGGGCCUGUCAGCACUGCACCUUCAUGAACCAGCCUGGCACCGGCCACUGCGAGAUGUGCAGCCUCCCCCGGACCUAGGGCUCCCGGGCCCUGCGGGCAGGACGGGCCCAGCCCAGCCCCUCGGAAGCCAGGACCUAGGGCCCCGGGGCCCCACGGCGGGCAGCCCUGAAGGGCUUGGUGGCGAUGGCAGUGGCUGCCCUGGGGUCUCCGACCCACGAAGCUUCUCGGCACAGGCUCCCCUGGAGGGAGGGGCCAGGCCGGUGUUCUGCGGCCGAGACGGCCUCCUGGCCAGCCCCGCCUGCACAGGCCGCACGGCCCCCUGCGGCGGGAGGACUAGGUGCCUCUGUGUCAUCACCUAGGACCGAGGGGCCGCAGGGCUCGCUGCCGCCACCCAGCUUUCUUUUUUCCUUCCUUUGGGAUGCUUUCUGUUCCUGCCUCGCCCAUGUUUGGGCUGGGAGCUCUUGGUGGCCUCUGUACCCCGUUGCUCUGGGGCGGGCCCUACCUGUGGGGGCCACGUCCUCCCCCGGGAGCCGCUGUCUGCUGGGAACGCGUGGCCACGGGCUUGCUGGCCUCCCGUCCCCUUGGCCUGCAGGUAAAUCUGCUGCCCGCCCGUUCCUGCUCUCCCCCGGCCUCCGGGGCUUUUAAAGUCUGCAUUGGUUGUAAUAACAGUUAUCAGUAAUUCCUGCCCAGAAGACGUAUUUAUUUUUUUUAAGAUAAAAACUCCAUAAACAGGGAGUGGGAGAGACUAGUUUCCGCCCUAGCCCUCCUUCAGUGCGUCCCUGUGGGGGCGCGGGGAGCAUGAGUGGCCCGGGACCCACCGUCAGGACUCCUCGCAAGUAAACCUCAGUGCCUGAGACUCUCCUGCCAAGCCGCACGACGGUGCCAGCUGCGGACUGGGUGGUCGAGUAGGCCCCCACCCCCCCGGGCGGCCGGUGCCACUGAUCAGGCCUGCAGGGGGUGAGCUGGGUGCCCAGGCAGGACCAGAAGCUCUGGGGCCCUGGCCUCUGGCAUGGCGACUUGGCCGGAGGCCAGGUGAGGGAGUAGGAGCUUGUUGUGAGGGCCGCGUGGGACCGCCACCAGCACACCGGAAGGUGGGUGCCGGGCUGAGGUGUGGGUCCAGGCCGUCCCAGGACAAGGCUGCAGUCAGGCCCUGCGCGUGCUCUGGGGUCCCUGGUUCCCUCUGGCUGGGCUCAGGUCCGACCCUUCCCCAGGGAGCUGUGGGCGCCCUGCUGCCUCUUUGCCUUAACAAGAGUCGUAGCUCCAAGCUGCACGACAUGCAUCUGUGGGAGGCUGGCCCAGACACGAGCUGCUUGGGGACUCCGUGUCUGUCUUGGGGGCGAGAGGCAAGCCUGUGUGACCCUCCCUCACCCUUGGUGGGUGUGUUCACCAUGGCGGGGGCCGUGCCUGGCGCCUCCAGGAGGUGGGUCACCUGGCGUGGGUCUGGCUGUAGCAGAGGGUCUGUCCUGCAGGGCAGGAGAUGCAGAGCAGCCGCUCUCUCCAGCUCACGUGCAGCCACCACCAAGAAGCAGUGGGGACCGGCUGCUCCUGCUGCUGGCAGCCGCCCCGUGGCACUCUGGGCUGUGUCCUUGGCUCCUCGAUGGGCUGUGAGGCUGCAGGGGGGUGGGAGGGCACUAGCCUCAGACUUGCAGCCCCCGUUCCUCCUCUGCUGGCUCUGUCUUUAUCCACGGAGCUGGUGUCCUUUUCUCUUCAACCUGUAUUCGCCUCACCCUGACCUUCUGGCAUCUGCAUAGUUGGUUUCCUUUUGUCUUUUAGCUAAAGAAAAAGUACUGUGAUUUCUUUGCUUCUGGUUUCGAGUCACUCUUUGUUCAGUAAUGCACUUUAUUUUAUUGUCCAAAGAGUCAGGGCUCAGCCUGAGGGGUGGGAAGCAGCCUGCCACCAGGCCCAGGCCCGGGCAGCUCAGCCACCUCCUGGUGCACGGAGCAGAGGCCCCCAGCCCCACCUGCAUCCUCCCUGCCCUUGCGUGGACGUACCCUCUCAGGCCACCAGGCACCGUAACCCAGUGGCGGGUGGGGGGCAGUCGGGUGCCGGCCUCUGCCACCCAGCCUACUCCCGGUGCUCCCGCUUGGGGCUUGCAGCUGUGCCUUGGUUGGGUUCACAGUAGCGUUGCCUGGACUCCAGCCCUGCAGUGGAACCAAUAAAAGUACCUGAAGCGAC